AUGCUGGCCAUUAAGGUUUUAGAUACUUGGGUUAAACCAAGGACAUGGGAAAAAAGUUUAGGCAAUUCAGGACUUAUUGUGCUUAUUUAUACAGGUGUAGCAAAUGCAAUUGACCUAGCUGAUCGAUUUCUUCCGAGGCUUACAUCAGUAAAUUGGCAUACUCUAAAAGUUUUGCCAGCUGCACUACGUACUCAAGCAAUUCAGGCUGGUUUAAAUUGGUUUGAGCUGGAAUGUGUAUCUUCUGACAAGGUGUGUUACUGGUUGGAAAUCAGUUCUGCAUCAGCAAUUUUAUUUGUUGUGAUUGCUUCUUGUUUCUUGGUUAUGCUGUACAAACUAAUGUCAUACUGGUUCAUUGAAGUUCUGGUGGUUCUAUUUUGUGUUGGUGGGGUAGAGGUUGUCGUGUCUCAGAAUCAGUCUCCAAUGGAGGUUGAAGAUGUUAAGCAUUACGGGAACAGGAAAAGAAAGCUUCUUGUCAAUGAAAGAGUCGAGAUUAGGAGUAUGGAAGAUGGUCUUUUGGGCUCAUGGCACCAAGGGAUAGUUAUCAAGUGUGGGAAGCAGAAGCGUCGUGUCAGAUAUGACAACUUUUUAGAUGAAGCUGGAUCAAAUCAUCUUGUGGAUGUGGUAGAGGUUUCACCCGUUUUGGAUGGUGGUAGUUCUUCUUCUUUUUCUUCUGCAGAUGGUUGCAAUGAACGUGGGCUCAUUAGACCACUGCCUCCUCUGAUUGAAUUGGGGGUAUGGGACCUUCCAUUUGGUCUAUGUGUUGAUGCAUUUUAUGAGGAAGCUCGGUGGGAAGGUGUUAUAUUUGAUCACUGCAAUGGAAUGGAAGAAAGGAGCAUAUUCUUCCCAGAUUUGGGUGAUGAACUGAAGAUUGGAAUUGAUCAAUUGAGGAUCACUCAAGAUUGGAAUGAAGCUACUGAGAAUUGGGAGCCACGAGGGAAGUGGAUGUUUCUUGAAGUGAUUGAGGAGUGUGAGCAGUUUUCCUAUAUUGCAGUUUCAUUUAAGCAAAUUUGGUAUGAUUUAAGGAAUAGUAACGAAUUUGAUAAAAUAAGGGACUGGACUUGUAAUGUGAAAGACUUGUGGAGAGACCUUGUAAGGGAGAUAGUUGGUGAUUACUUUACUCUCACGCUAGAAGAAGUUUGCAAAGUCUUGGACUUUUCGGGUGCUUUCUUGAAAGAAACACCAGAGCUGGAGUCAGUUGAACAUACUGAUAUUGUUCAUUGUGAUUCUAGUCCUAGUAAUGUACUUGGUUCUAAAAUUGGAAUAUCUGAUUGCCCAAUGGAAAGUGGUGACUCUACGAACUUGCUAGAUAUCGAUCAAAACGGUGGUGGCAUCGUUUUCAUUCAAGAGAAAUAUGAUACAAAUCCUUUGGUCGAUGGUGCAUCUGAGAAAGAAAUUGUGUUGGUAGAAGAACCUGAGUCUCAAAAGGAAAUUUCCUGCUAUGAUGCUGGUGAAGUAAUUUCAGAUUCUAGCUAUAAUGAAAGAAGUGAAAAACGUAGACGUUCUACGUCCAUAUAUUGGCAACCUCUGGUGCUAUCUGAAGUUGAAUUUUGUCCUGAUGUUAUUAAUCAAUAUGGAGCUGGAUGUGAGAGCAAGAUGACCAGGGAAGGUUUGAAGACAAAAGCAAUAAAACAUCUAGCAUAUCUUGGAUGGAGAAUUGAGUGGACUCAACACAAAAAUUGUCCUGGGCAAAGACGAUACAGGUACAUGUCACCAAAUACACAGGACAAGAAGGUUUACUAUUCAAUUCCUCAAGUUUGUAGUCAUCUGAAAAAGGAGUCCAACAUGAAUUUUGUGCUGUCCCAAAUUGACCAGAGUAGGAUGCAUUCUACAGUUGACAAUAAUCUUUCAAAUCUAGAUGUUCAUCAUCCGAUCGGGGCAUCCUCUCCUGUCGAAGUUGUAGCUGAAUCACAUACUCCAGAUGGUUUACCAAUUGGGAAUACAAAUCAUAAACGCACCACAAAAUCAAAGGCCUGCCCACCAAAGCACAAGAGGAAUGGAUUACCUACAAGGGUGCAGAACGUAAAUUCCCCUUGUCUAUCACAUCAAAAUGUUUUGUCUUGGUUAAUAGAUAGCAACAUGGUAUUACCAAGAUCUAAGGUCUACUAUCGGGGAAAAGGAGGCAAGAACACUCACGACAUUGAAGGGAGGGUAACUCUUGAUGGAAUCAAGUGUAGCUGUUGUCAGAAUGUAUAUAGACCUGGUGGCUUUGCAAUUCAUGCUAAUGGCUGUUAUGACUGCAAGCCUUGUGCUAGUAUCUUUUUGAGGGAUGGUAGGUCACUCUUGGAUUGCAUGAUACAACUAAUGCAUAAAAAUUGGGCAAGGGAAGCUUUGGAAAAACAAUGCAAUGAUAUGUGUCAAGGUGAAAAUGACAAUUUUUCUGUUUGUCAUUAUGGUGGUGAACUUAUUUUAUGUGACAAAUGCCCAUCUGCAUUUCAUGUGGAGUGUCUUGGUUUGGAGGAUAUCCCUGAUGGUGACUGGUUUUGUCCAUCAUGCCGUUGCCGGAUUUGCAACGAAAUCAAAAUCCAAGGGACUGAAGAUGGAGAUUUUCUUACUUGCAUUCAAUGUGAACAUAAGUAUCACAUUGGAUGCCUGAGAAAAAGAGCAGGAGAUAAAUCAAGAAUAUAUUUGAAAAAAAAUUGGUUAUGUGGAGAAGAGUGUGAACAG